CUUCGUCGACACCCUUGGUGUAGUUGUGUGAGAGAAACGAGUUAGGGAGUAUUUUGACACUCUCACCCAGAGCUCUGUCGAAGGCGGUAAGAUUGACGUGCAGCAGAGCUGCGCCGAGUUAGGAUGGACAUAUAUAGCCCUACGAUCACAUGGUAUGCUUGCACGCAGAGGUCGGAAAAGGUCAAGCAGCCAACACGGAGUGCAGGCAGCGAAAACAAAGAAGGCUGUUGCCGUUCAACUGAACACAAAGUUUCCCGUGGAAAGAGGGAAUUCGCACUGAAAGCUGCCGCAUAUCGGCCGAUCCCGCCGGCAGCUUAAUAACGUUACGUGAGAACUGCUGCGUACGGUGCGCAUAGGUAAACGCUCGUUAAUGGGCACUCGCUUUACUUAGACUUAAAAGUGUUGUUUAAGCCGGACAGUGAAAAGCUGUGGAAUUACGAGAAAUACCUCAAUUCCGAGGACAGGUAUUACGAGGUGAGGGAAGCCAGAAUGGACGAGUUCACUAGACGAUCGAGUUGAGACCACACUAUAUACACACCGAGAGCUCUGUUCGGUAAAAUAGAGAGAGAGAGAGAGAGUGUGGUCGGGACGCUGCGUUUAACAUUACGCUGGGAAAACUACAACUGCUUGCCUUCUCUUUGAUAGGCCGCAAGUGAAACCUAAAGCGUUGGACAUAUUUCUGUAACGCAACACAUCAGGGUCUAUUUAUAUCGUCCCGUUGUUGCAUAUAAAACUGGAGGUGAGCGAGAGGAGAGAGUAAGCCGGAACGUCUAUUUAAAAUCAAUUAAUGAACAGCUGAUAAACGGAGAGCGUCCCCUUGCGCGUUCACGCUGAGGUCAGAAGAGAAGUUUAUUUCAAUAUCGCAGUUAUUACAGUACGCUGGUUCAUAGAAAAAGGAACAAACAGCCGGCUGAUGCUAAAAAUAGAAUCGUCUGCUUCCACUGAUCGGGGAAAAGGAAAGGAGAGCAACCGUCUGCACAAACAGUUUGGAAGACUUAACCUUAAGAAGCGAGGUUUAUCAUCAUGUGUUAGACUAAGGGGUUAUAAUGCUGAAGAGAGUUUUGGAUGUCGUGAGUUAACCUUCGUCUGUUUGGGUGACUACACUUCAACGAGAAAUCGGAAACGUCAUAUUGAAGGGAAAACAUCGUGAUAGCAGUGCAGACGAUAUUUUGGUUGUCGUAAACAAAAUCGUCUGCAUCUAUAUAUUUCUGCAGUGGAGGAUUGAUUGCCGUAAACACUCGUCGUCUGCUGUUACUACGCCAAUCGAACGCUUCGCAGGGGGUGAGAUCGGAACCAAGACCCUCUUCUCUAUCAGUGUACGAUGCAUAUAGCGCUUUCGCUAUGGAGUCCGAUGAGGAAGAUCUCUCAGUCUACACCAUCCAAAAACCUCCCAGUCGAACUUGGAGAAGAUGCAUGCACCCCCAUGGUUUCUCGGAUCGGGAGCUGGAGGAAUUGUACCACAAUUAUGUAUUUCGUUUGGAGCAGAGUUCCAUCGCUUCUUUACUGGUUCUAUUCAUCCUUCUCACGGCAGUUUUGGCGAUUGUUCACUUCAUCUACAUCCUUCAGCCCACUGUGGCUAACGUAUACUACUGCGCCAACUGCGGGAUAUUUUUGGUCUUCUACAUCUUUAUUAGUACCAAAUAUUUCCAGGAACGCCAUCUAAAUUUAAUGGCGUAUGCGGUGUUGGUGCUUCUGGGGGCGUUCGCUGUGAUCUCCCUCCCGGUGCAUUUUCUCCCCGGGGACCGUCCCGUGUACAGCCCGGCCGACGGGGUGUGGGAGAGUGUGUUUGUAAUAUUAAUGGGCUAUGCAAUGAUGCCUCUGAGAAUGUGGAUUUUGGUCGUAUAUGGAAUAUUGCUGUCAGGGUGUCACAUGGUGGUCGCAGCGUUCCUCGCCAACAGCUUGCCGUCGUUGCUAUGGAGACAGCUCCUGUGUAACGGCAUUAUAUUUACGUGUGCAAAUGUCACUGGAGCGUUCAUCCACAACCUCACGGAGCGUGGUCAGCGGAAAGCGUUCCUGGACACUCGGAACUGCGUGGCCGCCAGGCUUAACAUAGAGGACGAGAACGAGAAACUGGAGCGGUUACUGUUAAGUGUUCUACCGGAGCACGUGGCCACCGAGAUGAAGCAUGAUAUGAGCCAGCCUCACGAGGGUCUCUUCCAUAAGAUAUAUAUACAGCGGUAUGACAACGUAAGCAUUCUAUUCGCAGACAUUGUAGGAUUCACAAUAUUAUCAUCACAAUGCACAGCACAGGAACUUGUACGAAUUCUCAACGAACUUUUUUCACGAUUCGACAAACUUGCAAACGAGAACUGCUGUCUCCGUAUCAAGAUUCUAGGAGACUGUUACUACUGCGUCAGUGGUUUGCCAGAGGCCAUAGAAGACCACGCCAAGUGCUGCGUCAACAUGGGCCUCGAUAUGAUAGAUGCCAUAGCAGCUGUGCGUGAGGCCACGAGUGUCAGUCUGAACAUGCGGGUUGGUCUCCACACGGGGCGUGUGCUGUGCGGGGUGCUGGGGAUGAAACGUUGGCAGUACGAUGUGUGGAGUAAUGACGUCACAUUAGCGAAUCACAUGGAGUCAGGGGGCAAACCAGGGUGAGUAUGAUGUCACAUUG